AUGGCUGUGCGCACCGGCGCCUCUUUUAUGCCUUUUUCCAUCCAGGCCAUUUUGAACAAGAAACAAGAGGAAGAAGAAGCUGAGGAGGAGGAAGAGGAGGAGGUAGAAAGGCAUCGACUGAACAAGUUUGACGUGUGUUUUCAGAAAAAUACCUGCUGGAAGUUUUUCGGCAGAGCGCCGCACGACGACGGCGACCACGGACGCGACCAGGCGCACAGGGACACGGACACGGAGCGGGAAUGGGACCUGGACCAGGGCAUAGCGCGGGUGGGCUCAGAUCACCAAAAGAGUUACGACUCGGACUCCGGUCUCAGUGAGGACAAUACAAACCAACUCCUGGAGGACGAGCAGGAGACCAAAAUCGGAUCGGGGUCGGAGCGUCGUGAGCAGGAGGAAGAGACGGAGCGCGACUUCAGUACCGACCGAGCUCUGAGCGACUGUGAGCUCUCCACCACCGUGCCCGAUAACCCGGAUGAGAAGAUCUCGGCGCAGGGUGGCAUCAGUAAGCAGCGUAAGAAACGUUCCCGCGCUGCCUUCUCUCACGCUCAGGUGUUCGAGCUGGAGCGGCGUUUUAGCCACCAGCGCUACCUGAGCGGCCCGGAGCGCGCCGACCUGGCAGCGUCUCUCAAACUGACCGAGACUCAGGUGAAGAUCUGGUUCCAGAACCGCCGCUACAAGACCAAGCGGCGUCAGAUGGCUGCUAGCAGCGCUGCAUCCGCCGCCGCCGCUGAGCUCCUCCUGCCCGCCGCCAAGCGCGUGGCCGUCAAAGUGCUGGUACGUGACGACCGGCGGCAGUACGCUCCAGGAGACCUGAUGCUGCUACGACCUCCACCGCUGCUAACUCUCCAACCACCAUCUUCCUCGUCCUCAUCUUCAUCAUACUGCUACUAUUAUCAUCCGCACGCCUACUGUGCUCCCACCUGGACCCUCUCAGCGGCCUCCUGCACUGGGAACCAGUAA